GUUUUUUUUUCUUUUGUGCUCUUUAAACACACAUAUACCAAUAAUAUGGCUUCGUUUGGUGGAUUUGGCUCUACAACGCCUUCUUUUGGUGCAACCAACACGCAAACAUCAGCCGGUACAUUAUUUGGUGGCUCUGCUGCUACUUCGACACCAUCAAAUACAAAUCUACUUUCCAACAAUACCUCUGCUGGUACUUUGUUUGGCGCAAAUACCAGUAACUCUUCAUCAGCAGGAACAUUAUUUGGGGGUUCAGCAACAAACACUACGACUUCAACAGGGUUUGGUGGAUUUGGAACGCAACCUGCUACUUCGAAUGCGUUCGGUACGACAACACCAGCAUCGAAUACAACAGGUGGAUUUGGAACAGGUUUUGGAGCCACUUCGCAACCUGUCACGGGUGGAUUUGGAUCAACCGCUACUUCACAACCUGCAGCUACAGGCUUUGGAGCCACCACCACCAACACCACAGGCUUUGGUACAGGCUUCGGUGCCACUUCGCAACCUGCCACAACGGGUUUUGGUUUUGGAGCAACUUCACAACCUGCAGCAAACACAGGGUUCGGUGGAUUUGGUUCUACUGCUACAACCGGUAGUUUUGGAGGUUUUGGUUCAACAAGUGCUGCACCUGUUUCAACAGCCGGUGGCUUUAGUGGGUUUGGAAAUACAGCAACAGCAGCUAAACCUGCCUUUGGCACAAUGAACAACAACAACACAAGUCUGUUUGGUGCUAAUAAAACAACCGGAUUUGGUACUCAACCUAGCACUGGUUUUGGUAUGCAACAACAACAACAACAACAACAACAACAACAAGUGCAAGAGAAAGUAUGGCAGGAUCUUGCUUUAAUUCGAGCUCAUUUUGAUCCUACUUCACCACUUUGUCAAUUUAGACAUUACUUUUAUAAUAUGGUACCAGAGAAUGAAGUCCAUUUAUAUGUUCGUCCUCAGAACCAAGAUGAACAAUUAUGGAAUGAAGCUAUGCGUAGAAAUCCUGAUCCUAAAAAAUUUGUACCUGUACUGGCUAUUGGAUUUGAUGAUAUCUUGAAGCGUAUGGAAGUUCAAUCAAAUCAAGCUGAAUUACACCAAGAAAAGUUAAAAGAGACUUCAGAAAGAUUGCAAUCAGUGCAGCGACAAUAUAUGCUCGGAACACUUGUUAAACUUGAAGAACAUAAACGUCGUCAUACAGACUUAACUCAAAGAUUACUACGUCUUCUUAGAUAUAGUUCAGUGCUUCGUUAUAAGGGUUUCCCAUUGAAUACAGAUGAAGAAGCCACCAUUCAGCAAUUAGCACAACUGGCUGAAAGUAAUGAAAGCCCAGAACAAUUGAAUGUAAAGAUGAUUGCCUUAUGGAAUCGCCUUCAAUCCUUGAAAGCACAAACGAGUCAAGAUAGAGACAGUAAAUAUGAAGUAUGGCGCACAGUGAGUGAAGAAGACACAAACAUAAUUGCAAAGGUCUUGAGUGAUGAACAUCACGGUAUAAAACACAUUACAAGCAUAUUAAAAUCAGACGGAAAGGAAUUGGAAGCCAUUGAAGAUGGAUUGAAAGAGUGUCGUAAUACAUUCAAACGUCAAGCACAAUAAAUUACAAUCAAUGCUGCAUGUUACAAUCAAAUAAAAGGGAGUCUAGAAAGAGAGGGAGAUUGUCUUUUAUUUGUAUUACACACUGUAAAUUGAAAUAAUAGGGCUGGUCUUGAAUAACUUUCAGUAUAAAUAACCUGUUGUCGAUCUCACACCCCCUUUCU